UAGUCGUCGUCGUAGCAGGCGCUUUUGUCUCGUGGUGUUUUCGCUUCUCGUCGUCUGGCGGCGUCGUGGCCGUCGGUUGUUACAAAAUUCUAGCCCCGAGACACACUCUCCGUGGGGUGGACCACCGACAAAAAAGUCGACCUCCGCUCAGUAUCACGUCGGAACGCUGCGAAACCGGGCGCGGAAGAGCAGCGCCAUUGUUUUGUCCGCCUCCUUUGUUGUCGUUGUGAAGUGAGCGCGAGCGGACGCGUGUGUGUGUGUUUACAAUCGUCGAAGAAGCCGCAAAUCGACACGAGAACGGCUUUUAGUUAGCAAUAUUGAUGCAUGGCGAUUCCCUGACAGCUCUGAAGCAAAUCCAAGUGACCUGGGUCACGGUUGUGUCGCGUUAGUGUUAGUCGUAGUAGCCGUUAGUAGUCGUAACCGUAGUCUUAGUAGUCGUAGUAGGCCAUGCACAACCAGCAUCACCCCCAGCACCAGCCGUUGCAGGCGCAGCAGCAGCAGCCCCAGCAUCAGCAGCUUCGUCAACCCCACCAGCAAUCGUUCGAGCUGCCCCGGUGGAAGUCCAAACAGAAUCCCGAAGCUGACUCGAUAGGAUGCGUGGAGGUGCUGGCCACGGUCUGCUCGACCAUUCUGAUGUUCCUGACGCUGCCCAUCUCGAUCUUCCUCUGCUUCAAGGUGGUCCAAGAGUACGAGCGUGCCGUCAUCUUCCGGCUAGGUCGAUUGAGAUCGGGUGGCGCCCGCGGUCCCGGCGUCUUCUUCGUGCUGCCCUGCAUCGACAACUACUGCAAGGUCGAUCUCCGUACGGUGUCCUUCGACGUGCCACCGCAGGAGGUGUUGACGCGUGAUUCCGUCACGGUUUCGGUGGAUGCCGUCGUGUACUAUCGCAUUCGGGAUCCGUUGAACGCGGUCGUGCAGGUCGCCAACUACAGCCACUCGACGCGGCUGCUGGCGGCGACGACGCUGCGAAAUGUGCUCGGAACGCGCAAUCUGUCCGAGCUGCUGACGGAACGGGAGGCCAUUUCGCACUCGAUGCAGGUCACGCUGGAUGAAGCGACCGAUCCGUGGGGUGUGCAGGUGGAACGCGUUGAAAUUAAGGACGUCUCCCUGCCCGACUCCCUCCAGCGUUCGAUGGCGGCCGAAGCGGAGGCGGCCCGCGAGGCCCGCGCCAAGGUGAUCGCGGCCGAGGGUGAGAUGAAGUCCUCCCGUGCCCUCAAGGAAGCCUCGGACAUUAUGUGCGAAAGUCCGGCGGCGCUGCAACUGCGCUACCUGCAAACCCUGAGCAGCAUCGCCGGCGAGAAGAACUCCACGAUCGUGUUCCCGCUGCCGAUCGAACUGAUCGGGCCGCUCAUGAACAUGACCUCGACGUUAUGCCCACCGAAGCCACCGGCGACGCCGGUCAGCGUCCAGAGCGAGUAGCCCUCGCCACCGAAAUCCGAGCUCGGUGCCGGUGGCAGCAGCAACAGCAGUUUCUCCUGGGAGGACAAAGUUGGUCCGCUGCAAGCGAGCCAACGGAAACUGUCUGCCAUGUGCGAGUUUACGGAUAUUUGAGAAGAAAAAAAAAUGCAGAAGAUGAUGAAAUCGAUGAAGAAAAGUUCAAUUAAACCAUAUUUCUAACAAAAUAACUAGACGUGCCAAAUUUUGUUUGUUUUACGCAACACCAUCGAAGUUGAUGUUAAUUUUUCUUUUGUAAAUAAACGAUUUAUAUUACUGAUU